AUGUCGGAGACAGGAAGAUCUCUACGUCCGCGCACGCGCCCGGGCCCGUCUGCCCCCGCGCCUACCCCGACCCCGUCGCCAGGUGAGACUACCUCCGGCGGGACAAAUACGUGGAGCAAAGGCACCAGCGGCAACCGAAAUACUAGUGGAGAUAGGGAAUCAGUGCGUAACUCUGAAAACGAUUUAGAAGAUACGGUUAUACCCCGCAGUAGGUCGAGUACGCUAGUCAACAAAGACGCCGUAGUCGCACCGCCGCCGCCGCGCGCGCCGUCCGUUCGCGCAUCGAAUGGAGACCGCGAAUCGGUAAAUAGGGAUCGCGAUAGUCAGAUAACCGUGUUGAUGGCCGAGCUGGAGGUCCAUAAAGCCGCUCUAGCCGUCGCCCAGACGAAGUCCGAAACUGCCAAAGUACGGCUGCAGAUUGCGCAAAUAGAGGCGCAGUCUGACGGCGGCAGUGUCGCGGCUGACGACUCUGAGCGACGAACUAGAAAUUGGGUAGGACGACAUGCUAGACCACCACACGAGAUCGCGAACGACGAUAAAUUCCCUCUACCGAGAGAGACCGCGCCGCCCGCCGCCGCCGUCGACCGGCCUAGCCGACCACAACCGCGAUUUUACGAGGUACCGCAUAGUAAUUACGCGCCGAUCUUUCAUAAACCGCCCGAGUUACCCGCGUUUUCAGGCGAUAUAACGGAAUGGAUCGCUUUUAGAGCGGAGUUCGAAGACUCUGCCCCCAUGUUUAGUGCCGUCAACAACGUGAGUCGGAUUAGGCGCGCACUCAAAGGGGAGGCUCGGACAGCCGUAAAGUCGAUAAUGUACACAGUUCAGGAUCCGUACGAAAUUAUGGAGGCGCUAGAACGGCAAUUCGGCGACCCGGAAGAGAUAGUACUCACCGAGUUGCAUAAUGUAAAGCGUAUGCCGCGAUUGGCCGAGGACAACGGCAAUAUAGCUUCUUUCGCCGCGCAUAUUGCUAACGCCGUCGCUACCAUAAAAUCGUUACGGCAAGAUAAAUACCUACACGCGCCUGAACUUGUGAACAAAAUCGUGGACAAAUUAAAUCUGAUAGUGCGUUACGAAUGGGCAAAGUAUAGGCAAUCUAAUAGCGGAACUCCCGACUUAGUCGCGUUGUCGGAGUUCUUGAGCGAGAUUAGUGUUGCGUCCAAACGCGUAAACCGACAUAGGCCGUCAGCUAAGUCGCGAGUAAACACGGUUUCUUUUGGGCACGAACCUAGGCGAUCGAGUGACACUCUCUCUAGGUCUCGCGCACCCGCGUUCUCGCGCGACAGUAGCACUGACUCGGAGUCAGAUGUCCGCGAAACUUAUACACGCGAAACAAAUAAUACAACGCGUAAUCAAUACCCAACUAUCGCUCAGGUAAAACACCGCGAUAAUAACAAUAAAAAAAAACCCGCGAAACCCGCGUCAACCGGAGCUAGACCAAAGCAGAUAUCGUCCGUCUCUGUCCCGCGCAGUACGUGCGCCAUAUGUAAGAGCGGCAGCGAGCACAAAGUUAGUGCGUGCUCGAAGUUUUUAGCCGCGACGAUAUCUGAGCGUUGGGACCUAGCAAAGGGUGCAAAAUUGUGUUAUAGAUGUUUGGAUGCUGCUCACCGUAAGCCGUAUAAAUGCAAGUACGUCGCGUGUGGCAUGAGCCAAUGCGAGGCCGGACAUAAUAGAUUAUUACACGGACUAAACGCGGCCGCGCCCGCGAACGGUAAUAAUACUUCGGCUAGUACUGCGGCGGGAGCAGUAAACACUCUUAGAUUCGCGCAAACGUACCUCAAAGUCAUGCCUGUAGAGGUGUCGGGGCCCUUAGGCACCGUGCAAACCCUCGCGCUAUUAGACGAAGGCGCGGCUAUGACUUUGAUGCUUCACGAAACGGCGGAUAAAGUUGCACCUCGCGUACGCGGUGAAUCACUAGAGAUAGAAGGAAUAGGCGGCAGAGUGAGCGACCCGGAUUCGUACAGGUUACGAGUCGCUAUAAGAGGUUUUUGCAGCCGACAUAUGGAAAUGAUGGAGGUACUUACGAUAGGCAAGAUAGGCGUAGGUAUGCAGGGCGUACCACGUGACGUCGUAGAGAAAUGCGAUCAUUUAUCGGAAAUCGCGGACGAACUUUGGUACCCGCCCGCGGUACCUACUAUCUUGAUAGGCCAAGACAAUUGGCACCUCAUAGUUUCACGGCAAAUUUUAAGCGGACCCUCUCACCUUCCCGUCGCAAGCCUAACCAGGUUAGGCUGGGUUCUGCAUGGCCCAGAUAGAGCAUGUCACGCCGCGGUAAAUUUUGUAGGGCACGCACGGCCUAAAACCGCGGACGACGAAGCUAUCGAACUCAUGAAACAGCAUUUCGAUAUAGAGUCGUUAGGCGUCUCAAAAAACUUGCCUCGGGCCGAUCCCGAUCAACGCGCGCUAGACCUAUUAAAAUCCACCUGCGAGAAAAUACCGGGGGAAAAUAGGUAUCGAGCGGGCUUACUAUGGCGAACCGAUGACGAAGUACUCCCCGAUAACCGAGCGCACGCAUUAAAACGGCUAUACAGUCUCGAACGAAAGUUAGACCGAGACCCGAAGCUUAAAGCCGAAUAUGCGAAGCAUAUGAAUAAUUUGCUCGACAAAGGUUACGCGGAGAAAAUGGACUCGCCGCCCCCCCUCGACGCGCCGCGAACGUGGUAUCUAGCGCAUUUUCCCACUUUUCAUCCGCAACGCGGUAAAAUGAGGCUAGUUUGGGACGCGGCUGCCACAGCCUACGGACGAUCGCUAAAUAGCGCGCUGUUGGCCGGCCCCGACUUAUUAGAAUCGCUUUUUGGCGUAUUAGUACGCUUCCGCGAGGGCAAAAUCGCGGUCAUAGCCGACGUCAAAGAGAUGUUUUUACAGAUUGAAAUAAUAGAGCGAGAUCGCGAUGCGUUACGUUUCGUUUGGAGGGGGGAGGACCGUACCUCUCCACCGCAAGAAUACAGAAUGAAGCGGCUAAUAUUUGGAUCGGCAGCGUCACCGACAACCGCUCUGUACGUCAAAAACGAAAACGCAAAAACGCACAGCAACGAAUUCCCGAUCGCCGCUGAAAAAACAAUAAAAAAUACGUAUAUGGACGACAUGUUAAUUGCCCUAGACAUGUGCGAGGAGGACGCGAGACGCGUAGUAAACGAUAUUUACGAGUUAAAUAUGCGCGCGUCACUAGAGCUCCGCGGAUUCGCAUCGAAUAAUCCUGCGGUAAUAUCUGACGUAGUUAACAGUAAAGAGGAGACGUCUCUGUUAGGCGCGAACGAGAACGAGCGUACAUUAGGGUUGAAAUGGAAUCACAAGCGUGACACCCUAGGCUUUAACGUGAAUUUUCGUAACACGCCCGAGGACGUACUCAACGGUCAGAAAUUACCUACAAAGCGACAGGUUACAAGCAGCGCGAUGUCGAUAUUCGACCCUAUCGGUUACGUUAGCCCCAUAUCCGUCUUAGGCAAGGCGUUAAUGCAAGAGGUAUGGCGGACAGGGAUCGAUUGGGAUACGCCUAUACCCGUCUCGCUCGCACCCGCGUGGCAAUCGUUCAUAGAAAACGUACAGCAAUUAAGGGACUUAGAAAUUCCGCGACACGUACCCGCAUUUAAUAGGGAGGCAUAUAUGCAUGUUUUUUGCGACGCGAGUGAAAAAAUAUAUGCCGCGGCCGUGUACCUAGUUAGUACGAACCCCGACGGGACUAGAACCUCUGCAUUAGUGGCCGCUAAGGCCCGAGUGUCCCCUCUCCGGGUAGUUAGUAUUCCGAGGAUGGAAUUACUAAGCUGCGUACUAGCUACUAGACUAGCGGAAACUAUAGUCAAAGAGUCAGACUACGUAAUAAAGGACAAGUUUUUUUGGUCUGACUCAAAAACGGCCCUCACUUGGAUACGUUCCGACCCGCGUAGAUACAAAACGUUCGUCGCGCAUAGGUUAGCGGAAAUCGAGAACACUACCACCCCCGCCAACUGGCGCUGGGUGCCUAGUGCGGCUAACGUGGCCGACGACGCGACGCGAGGUAUUCCCGCGCAAUUCGGAGCGACCCAUCGGUGGUUCAUAGGACCCGAUUUCAUACGUGAAAGUGAGGAGCAUUGGCCUACAGAGAAAACGCCCGCGCCCGUCGCCGAUACGGGCGAGGAACGUAUUAAUAAGCUCGUUUGCUCGAUAGGCAUAACUAGAAAUAAAUUCGAGUACCUACCGGAGGUAAGUAGGUUCUCAAAAUUCGUACGCUUAGUUCGCGCCACCGCUAGGAUUCUGGUUGCCGCCGAGGUAUUUAAAGCCGCACUGCUAUCUAAGAAAACAGAUACAGAAAUAAAUAAGGGGCAUUUAAAUUUAGCAGAGAUAUUGCUAAUCAGAAGGAGUCAACAUGCAGCCUUUCCAGAGGAAAUUAAGUUACUGGAAACUGGGCGAGCUUUGCCGAAGAAGUCUCCUCUACACAAAAUUGCCGUGAAGUUAGAUAAAAACGGAGUCAUCGUGUUAAAUGCCAGAAUAGACAAAGAUGUGCAUAUACCCGUUCUACACGCCAAAGAGGGCUUCGUCAAGCUGCUGAUUCAUCAUUUUCAUGCUCUGUUUAAUCACGGCAACCACUCGACGGUGAUAAACGAGCUAAAACAAAGAUACUACAUUAUCGGUUUGCGCGGUAGCAUUCGUUAUCUGACGAAUAAGUGCCAAUGGUGUCGGACCUAUAAGGGAACCACCCUCAAGGUUCCUGUAGGCGACUUACCACCAGAGAGGCUCCAGGCGAAUCAACCGCCAUUUACCGCCGCAGCCGUAGACCUAUUUGGCCCUAUGAAUAUAACAAUAGGCCGCCGCCGCGAAAAGAGAUGGGGCGUACUUUAUACCUGUCUCACCACUCGAGCUGUGCACUUAGAGCUUGCCGCCUCACUUUCGGCAUCCUCUAUGAUCCUUUCAUUGCGCAGAAUGAUAGCUCGACGCGGCACGCCUACGGUUCUCUACUCCGACAACGCCACUAAUUUUUACGGAGCGGAGCGAGAACUAGCCGAGGCCAAAAGGACGCUGCCAGACAGUCUAAAGCCAUUCCUGACUGAACGAGCGAUCACCUGGAAGAAGAUACCGCCCGGCAACCCUUCCGCCGGCGGUGCCUGGGAGCGACUCGUGGGCAGCGUAAAAACGGCGUUAAAAGUUAUAUUGAAAGAGAGAGCACCCCAUGAAGAGGUCCUGCAUACGCUGUUACUAGAAUCCGAGCACAUAGUGAACUCCAGACCACUGACGCCGGUGAAUCCAGAUUUAGACGUCGAAGCCUUGACACCGAACCACUUUCUCAUCGGCCGGUCAAGCGCCAUGUCACCGCUGGGCGUCUUCACCGACACAGCAAUGUCACUAUCGUCGUGGAAAACAGCGCAGACACUCGCCGAUCAUUUUUGGAGGCGCUGGCAAAAAGAAUACCGACCCAGCCUUCUCCCUCGGCCAGGUGCUCACCAGAACGUACAGAAACUGCAUACAGGCGACAUCGUCAUCAUAGCAGAUGGUUCCAUGCCACGAGGAACAUGGCCUAGAGGCGAAAUCGCACAACUCUUUCCCGGCCCAGAUGGCCACGUAAGAGUAGCCAUUGUUCGUACUCGUGCAGGUGACGUCCGCCGCCCAGUUUCCAGACUUAUACCUAUAUGCUCCUCGAACAUAUAG